AUGGAUCAGUGUGAGGACAGAGAGGAGGGAGUCCCUCCCUCUAAAACCACUCUGUGUGGGGAACAUGAGAGCCAGACCAAAGCUCAGAGGAACCAACGAGGAACUAAACGUAAACCUGAACCUGAACCUGAACCCAGCUGUGUGUCCUUACAGAGCGAACAGUCUUUAAAUGGCCUCAUUAAUUUUGAAGGACAACAACCUUCUACUGCAGAGAGAGAGGAUCGGGAGAGCUCAGAGGUUCCCAGUGGUCAGUCUGCCCAGGAGCAUCAAACACAGCUGGACUCCAUUAUUAUGCUGCUGGAGGAAAAUAUCAUAACUUUUGUGAAGAAUGAGCUGAAGAAAAUCCAGAAGGUUCUAAAUCCAGAAUUUCAGUAUCAGAAAGAGGAUGAGGAGUUGGUGCCAGUUGAGGAAGAAGCAAACAGAAAGGAAAACAGAGAAGCAUUUGUGAAGAUCACACUGCACUUUCUGAGGACAAUGAAGCAGGAGGAGCUGGCUGACCGUCUGCACAGCAAAUUUCCCAUCACCUGCCAGCAUAAACUUAAAUCUAAUCAGAAGAAGAAGUUCCAGUGUGUGUUUGAGGGGAUCGCUAAAGCAGGAAACCCAACCCUUCUGAAUCAGCUCUACACAGAGCUCUACAUCACAGAGGGAGGGACUGCAGAGGUCAAUGAUGAACAUGAGGUCAGACAGAUUGAAACAGCAUCCAGGAAACCAGACAAACCAGAAACAACAAUCAGACAAGAAGACAUCUUCAAAGGCUCACCUGGAAGAGAUGAACCAAUCAGAACAGUGCUGACAAAGGGAGUGGCUGGCAUUGGGAAAACAGUCUUAACACAGAAGUUCACUCUGGACUGGGCUGAAGACAAAGCCAACCAGGACAUCCAGUUCAUGUUUCCAUUCACUUUCAGAGAGCUGAAUGUGCUGAAAGAGAAAAAGUUCAGCUUGGUGGAACUUGUUCAUCACUUCUUUACUGAAACCAAAGAAGCAGGAAUCUGCAGCUUUGAAGACUUCCAGGUUGUGUUCAUCUUUGAUGGUCUGGAUGAGUGUCGACUUCCUCUGGACUUCCACAACACUGAGAUCCUGGCUGAUGUUACAGAGUCCACCUCAGUGGAUGUGCUGCUGACAAACCUCAUCAGCGGGAACCUGCUUCCCUCUGCUCGCCUCUGGAUAACCACACGACCUGCAGCAGCCAAUCAGAUCCCUUCUGACUGUGUUGACAUGGUGACAGAGGUCAGAGGGUUCACUGACCCACAGAAGGAGGAGUACUUCAGGAAGAGAUUUAGAGAUAAGGAGCUGGUUUCCAAAAUCAUCUCCCACAUCAACACAUCACGAAGCCUCCACAUCAUGUGCCACAUCCCAGUCUUCUGCUGGAUCACUGCUACAGUUCUGGAGGAUAUGCUGAAAACCAGAGAGAGAGGAGAGCUGCCCAAAACCCUGACUGAGAUGUACAUCCACUUCCUGGUGGUUCAGGCCAAAGUGAAGACGGUUAAGUAUGAUGGAGGAACUGAGACAGAUUCACACUGGAGUCCAGAGAGCAGGAAGAUGAUUGAGUCUCUGGGAAAACUGGCUUUUGAUCAGCUGCAGAAAGGAAACCUGAUCUUCUAUGAAUCAGACCUGACAGAGUGUGGCAUCGAUAUCAGAGCAGCCUCAGUGUACUCAGGAGUGUUUACACAGAUCUUUAUAGAGGAGAGAGGGCUGUACCAGGACAAGGUGUUCUGCUUCAUCCAUCUGAGUGUUCAGGAGUUUCUGGCUGCUCUUCAUGUCCAUCUGACCUUCAUCAACUCUGGAGUCAAUCUGCUGGAAGAACAACAAACAGCCUCCCAGACAGAGCAACACCUCUACCAGAGUGCUGUGAACAAGGCCUUACAGAGUCCAAAUGGACACCUGGACUUGUUCCUUCGCUUCCUCCUGGGUCUUUCACUGCGGACCAAUCAGAGUCUCCUACGAGGUCUUCUGACACAAACAGGAAGUGGCUCACAGACCAACCAGGAAACAGUCCAGUACAUCAAGGUGAAGCUCAGUGAGAAUCUGUCUGCAGAGAAAAGCAUCAACCUGUUCCACUGUCUGAAUGAACUGAAUGAUCGUUCUCUAGUGGAGGAGAUCCAACAGUCUCUGAGUUCAGGAAGUCUCUCCACAGAUAAACUGUCUCCUGCUCAGUGGUCAGCUCUGGUCUUCAUUUUACUGUCAUCAGAAGAAGAUCUGCAUGUGUUUGACCUGAAGAAAUACUCUGGUUCAGAGCAGGCUCUGCUGAAGAUGCUGCCAGUGGUUAAAGCCUCUAAAAAAGCUCUGUUGAAUAGCUGCAACCUCUCAGAGAGAAGUUGUCAAGCUCUGUCCUCACUUCUCAGCUCUGAGUCCUCUAGUCUCAGACAGUUGGACCUGAGUAACAAUGAGCUGAAGGAUUCAGGAGUGAAAGUGUUGUGUUGUGCCCUGAGAAGUCCACACUGUAAAUUGGACACACUGAGGCUUUCAGGCUGUCUGAUCACAAAUGAAGGUUGUACUUCUCUGGCUUCAGCUCUGAGUGUUGACCCCUCAAGUCUGAGAGAGCUGGACCUGAGCUACAAUCAUCCAGGAGAGGCAGGAGUGAAGCUUCUGAAGGAGCUGAGAUUGGAAACUGUCAGGGUGGAGCCUGCUGGAGUCCAAUGGCUGAUCCCAGGUCUGAGGAAGUAUUCCUGUCAACUCACAAUCGACACAAACACAGUGAACACAAAACUACAACUGUCUGACAACAACAGAAAGGUGACACGUGUGGAGGAGGUUCAGUCAUAUCCUGAUCAUCCAGACAGAUUUGAUCGCUGGCCUCAGCUGCUGUGUAGAGAUGGUCUGACUGGUUGCUGUUACUGGGAGGUCGAGUGCAAAGGAGAUGUUUAUAUAUCAACUAGCAGUGUAUGUGGACUGUCCUGCUGGCACUCUGUCCUUCUACAGAGUCUCGUCUGACACUCUGAUCCACCUCCACACCUUCAACACCACAUUCACUGAACCUCUUUACCCUGGAUUUACAGUCUGGCAUCCUGGUUCCUCAGUGAGUCUGUGCUGAGUUUAGUGUAAAGAGUGUCUGACUGUUGAACAGAUAGUUCAGUCAGACAGUGUGGUUUUGUUGGUCUCAGAAAAGCCUUUAUGGCAUUGGCAGGGAAGUUUUUCAUGUUCAAAAACUCACAUACUCAACUCUGAUGUUCAACCCACAAAUGCAUUUUCAUUACAAACGUGUCUCCAUUUUAGGAGAAAUAAACAGGCUUUCCAACAGUAUAGCAUCGUUACAACAAAGAAAUAAUUAAUCAAACACAAACCUCCAAACUUUUUGUGUUAACAAACUUGGUAAAACGCCUUUUUAGUGUUGCAGAAAUCAGCUAAAAUAAUUGUCAAGGGAAUCAGUGUGUGUCAGUGAAUGCAUCAUGUGUGCUGGGCUGCAGCUUCGUGGAUCCAUCUCGUGGCCUGAUAGCAGAAGUAGCAGCUGAUGGCAGCUUCCUCUGCCUCACUCUGCUGUCUGACUGCAUUCAGCUGCACACAUGAUUGAAAGGAGGAUUUUAGUUGAUGUGCACACGAAUGAUGUGUGUUUCCUCUGCAGGUGAAGGUAGAAAGUGUGUGUGAGCUGAUGUGAAUUCAGCAGCAUGGAUCAGAUUAAACCAUUUAGUUUGAUAGUUUCAAACACUGGGUCUGUCAUGCGACACUGUGGCAGUGAGGCAGAGGACCCCAGAGCAGGGCUCACUGGGCAAGAAUUAAACUCAAAAUGCUGGUUUAAUAAAUUGAACAGGCAGCAGCUCAAGAAACUAACUCACCUGAAAAACUUGACCUGGACAUGAGCAAAAGCAUGAGGGCACACAGCAGGAGGAACAAACAACGACAACACAACAAAGAAGAAGGAGUAAACACUCACAGGUGACAAGACACGGGAAGCAAAACCAGUCACACAAGGACCAAAGACACACCAAAAUUAAUAAAUAUCAAAGAACAAAACACACACACACACAAAGCAUUGGGAAGAGAGCCCAGGAAGGGGACAUGUGUUCAGCUUUUCCUAGCAACACUCAAAUAAAUUGUCCAUGCUUUUAUUGCUUCAUGUGUUUAAACUCUUUUACUUGUUCCUCAAGUUUGCAUUCCCCCAAACACACAUGGUUAAAAUGUCAUAGUCAGACUCUUGAUAUGCAAGACACUGGGAUCGCAUAUUACCCCAUUCUGCACAAUCUGCACUUUCUAAAGAGCUAUUUCUGUUUCUUUUUGAAUAUUUUUUUCUUUUUUAAUAUGUUUAUAUUUUUUCUCAAUAUUUGUGCAUUUUACAUAAUAAACUUGUGUUUUAGUAUUUUAUCCAUCCUGGAAAAGACGUCUGGAUGGGAGCACAUGUUGCUUGAAGACCUGAAUAUACCUUUCAGCUUUUUUCUGAUGUGCAACCUGUUAGUUCCACAGGCGCUAAUGCACCCCCACCCCCCAAACAAUCAGUGAGUUUUUUCCUUGUUGUUUGAAUGUUGCAUCAUCUGUAGUACAUAAAAUCAUCAAAAGAUUAAAACAAUCUGUGGAAAUCUCUCUACUAUCUUCACAGUUUUACACUGAAGAACAUUAUAACCAAAUCCACAAGUUCAAGACAGUUUUUUCUUCUCUUAGAUUUUUAAAUCUGCUUAUAUUUACUUCUUCAAACCUCCUGAAUUAAAGUAAACACGAUGUUAGUCUAAUAGUGCUAAACUGUGACAGUCCAACCAGUUUGACCUGUAACACACCUGGAUUCAUUUUGACCAGAUUUUAACUCAACAAGCUUAAAAAUUUUUUCUUUCUCAUUCUUUUUCAUGUUCAACA